ACUCCUCUACAGCACCUACCACUGCCUUUUGUCCCCCUCUUCCCCAGCAGAGGAAGAGGCAAUGGGCACUGGUGGCCAGCGUCGGGGUGCAGGCCCCCCAGAUGGUGGCUGGGGCUGGGUCGUGCUGGGUGCCUGCUUCGUGAUCACCGGCUUCGCCUACGGCUUCCCCAAGGCUGUGAGCGUCUUCUUCGGAGAGCUCAAGCAUGACUUUGGAGCAGGUUACAGCCACACAGCUUGGGUGUCCUCCAUCAUGCUGGCCAUGCUCUAUGGCUCAGGCCCCUUAUCCAGCAUCCUCGUGACGCGGUUUGGCUGCCGUCCGGUGAUGCUGGCUGGUGGGCUCCUGGCUUCUGCGGGCAUGAUCCUGGCUUCCUUUGCCUCACGCCUCCUGGAGCUGUACCUGACAGCUGGAGUGCUCACAGGCCUGGGCCUGGCCCUAAACUUCCAGCCAUCGCUCAUUAUGCUGGGGCUCUACUUCGAUCGGCGACGGCCCCUGGCCAACGGACUGGCAGCGGCAGGCAGCCCGGUGUUCCUGUCCACACUGUCGCCGCUCGGCCAGCUGCUGGGGGAGCGCUUCGGCUGGCGCGGUGGCUUCCUGCUAUUCGGUGGCCUCCUGCUACACUGCUGCGCCUGCGGGGCCGUCAUGCGGCCCCCACCAGGGCCCUCGCCUCCACCACGCCCAGACCCCGCGGAGGACCGCGCGCCCUCCGGUGGCCAGGCUCGCCGCCGCCUGCUGGACGUGGCGGUGUGCACCGACCGCGCCUUCGUGGUGUACGUGGUCACCAAGUUCCUGAUGGCGCUUGGGCUCUUCGUGCCUCCCAUCCUGCUGGUGAACUACGCCAAGGAUGCAGGUGUGCCUGACGCAGAGGCCGCCUUCUUGUUGUCCAUCGUGGGCUUUGUGGACAUCGUGGCUCGGCCGGCGUGCGGUGCCCUGGCGGGCCUGGCACGCCUGCGACCCCACGUCCCCUAUCUCUUCAGUCUGGCCCUGCUGGCCAACGGGCUCACAGACCUGAUCAGCGCGCGUGCACGCUCCUAUGGUACCCUCGUGACUUUCUGCAUCGCCUUCGGCCUCUCCUAUGGCAUGGUGGGCGCACUGCAGUUCGAGGUGCUCAUGGCGACCGUGGGUGCACCCCGCUUCCCCAGUGCCCUGGGCCUGGUACUGCUCGUGGAGGCUGUGGCAGUGCUCAUAGGACCGCCCUCUGCCGGCCGCCUGGUGGAUGUCCUGAAGAACUAUGAGAUCAUCUUCUACCUUGCUGGCUCUGAGGUGGCUUUGGCAGGAGUCUUCAUGGCAGUUGCUACCUACUGUUGCCUGCGCUGCUCUGAGGACACCCCAUCAGGUCCAGCUGCUGAGGGAGGAGCCAGUGAUUCUGAGGAUGUGGAGGCUGAGAGGGACUCUGAGCCAAUGCCUGCCAGCACUGAGGAGCCUGGCAGUCUUGAGGCUUUGGAGAUGCUAAGCCCCCGGGCGGGGUCCCCAGGACCAGAACCAGAGGUGGAGGCAGAGCCUGGGCUGGGUCAUGAUUCUGUGUAG